AUGACGAUCUCUAGGAAGGAGAAAAAGGUCCGUCUGUUGUCCAAGCUGGCCAUCCGUGCGGGUCAAGCCAAUGCCAUCAUGGAAAAUGAAUUGACUGGCACCGAUGAUGGCUCCUCCGUCUGGCAAGCUGCUAGCGCAUUCACAUGGGUGAUCCGUCCCAGUCCCUAUUCUGCAUACCUCGGCGUCGAUCUUUCCAUCAUUUAA